UCAAAAUAUAUUCGUAAUAUUUAAUUCCGAAUAUUUUGUUGAUCCCAUGCAUAUAUGGGGUGCUCGCGGGCCCCGAAUGCCUCAAUCGUAGCCCGACAAACAAACGAUUCUGCUUUGGUAUCCUCCUGGAGAUCAUACAGUCUCGUUUCUGAACUCAACAGAGCAACGCAUUUCCCCUGCCGGUUGACUUCCGAUCGAUGGCUACUGCACAAGACAUCAACAGACCGGUUGACAUCCUCUUGAAUCUCGUGAUGAGUUCUGAAAACAACUCCGCUGUUCCCAAGCAAGCAACACCAGGAUACGAAACCAAGAACGCCCAAAUCAUGCGUAUCGUCGCCAACAUGCGUGUAAAGGUAGCCGAACGCAAUCAGGCCAAUUCCUCGCAAGCACAAGUUCGUGCUGCGGUGCCUGCUGGCAAUGGAGGUGACAUCGCUGGCAACGAUUUCAACGCUCCUCACACUCCCACAGCUGCUAUCGCUCAGAACGGCGAUGAGCCUACUGGAGCAAGCACCGAAUGCCUACCUCGCGGCAAGGUGACAAUGCACCAGAAGAAGACACUCAUCAGCGAAGAGCCAAUGACUGUCAUCGACGAGUUUGGAACCCGUCGUCGCACCAUCACCAUAAAAGAAGUCACCACCUGGACAAUCACACCGCCCAGAAGCCCUCCACGUGAGACCAAGAGAAAGUUCGGUAUAAUGUCGCCCGCGACUACCGCGGAAAGUAUCAAGACAGAGCCCAGCUCCUCCCCUGAGACCGGCCUCGGAAGCGACCAUGCUGGGCCGAGCACCCCUUCCAAAAAAGCCAAAUCUCAAGCCGACUCCACUUCCGCUCCAGUCGCCAACAAUCCCGACCCGAAUCAGGCUGCUCCCACCCUGAUGGUCACCCUUCGCAAUCCGAUCGUGGCCGCCGCUCCGGCCGGUCCUUUCCGCACCGAGUACUUCCGCAACGGAAAUUGGCUCACUGUCGACGAGGGCUUGGGUCGCCCAAUCUGGGCCGAGGGCGAGAGACAGGUGCCUGUCGGCCAGGGCAGGGUUCGUCGCGCCAAUGCCCGUUACAUGUAAACCAGAUUUUGAGAUGUCACUGCACCAUGAUGCAGCAAUGUUUGCGAACAUGACAGGUCUUCGAACCUCGUCGGUCGAAUGUAGCCUCUUCAAGGCACAAAUGGGAAUGUAAGGAGUUCAACAUCAAAUACGUCGACAUACCAAUGAUGGCCACUUGAAGGGCGGGAAUGAGAGUGUUCGACUCUCCGCGUGAUGUGUUUCGUCAUAGCCAUCAACAGGUCAAAAAUCAAAAUUUGACACUAUCAUCAACUCGAUGUGUUGUG